AUGAUCGUAUGGAUCCUCUUUCCUGCAAUGCCAAUUCAGUAUUACCAUUCUCAAAUCCUCACCUCAAUAGGUAAUGCACUAGGUCGUCUAAUCAAAAUAGACUACCACAGUGAAUCUAUGCAACGAGCACGUUUUGCUCGUAUAGUAGUAGAGUUGGAUCUUUCCCAACCCCUUAGAACCCAGUUCAAGCUAGAUGGGGUGGAUCAAGAUAUUUUGUACGAAAAUCUACCUCUUGUUUUCUUCAGUUGUGGACGCAUAGGCCACAAAGCAGUCGAUUUCUCCUCUGCACCACCACCGCCGCCUCCUACUGCUUCAACUACCCCAAAGCCAUCCACGCCCCCUGCACCAUCAAGAUCUUCGUCGUCCUAA